AUGGUUCGGGGUCAAGGUGAACAGGAGAAGCCCAUGCGGGAACUUCGCAUCUGCAAGCUCUGCCUCAACAUCUGUGUGGGGGGAGAGUGGAGACAGACCAACGGGGUAGCCAAGGUGCUGGAGCAGCUCACAGGCCAGACCCCUGUGUUCUCCAAAGCUAGAUACACUGUCAGAUCCUUUGGCAUCAGGAGAAAUGAAAAGAUUGCCGUCCACUGCACAGUCUGUGAGGCCAACGCAGAAGAAAUCCUGAAGGAAGAUCUAAAGGUGCGAGAGUGCCAAUUAAGAAAAAAUAACUUCUCAGGUACUGGAAACUUUGGUUUGGGGAUCCGAGAACACAUCAAUCUGGGGAUCAAAUAUGACCCAAGCAUUGGCAUCUACGGCCUAAACUUCUACGUGGUGCUGGGCAGGCCAGGUUUCAGCAUAACAGACAAGAAGUGCAGGAUAGGCUGCAUUGGAGCCAAACACCUAAUCAGCAAAGGGGAGGCCAUGUGCUGGUUUCAGGAGAAGUAUGAUGGGAUCAUCCUUCCUGGCAAAUAAAUUCCCGUUUCAAUCCAGAAGGCCAAUAAAAAGUUUUCAGUGAAAUGUAAAAAACAAAGAGACAAACAAAAAACAACCCAAAAAACCAAAACCUUGAAUCUGAAGUUCCUAAGUGGGGAAAGGUCUAUUUAGCUCCCAGCAUGGACCACCUGUGAAAGGAGAUUCAAAGAUUGUGACCUCGGGCUUCCCUGGUGGCGCAGUGGUUGAGAAUCCGCCUGCCGAUGCAGGGGACGCGGGUUCGUGCCCCGGUCCGGGAGGAUCCCACAUGCCACGGAGCGGCUGGGCCCGUGAGCCAUGGCCGCUGAGCCUGCG